UAUAAAUAUUUAACUAAAGCAGAUUUCGUAAGCACGGAACUUUCCAUCACUCGCGAGAAAUAAUCGUUACUGUAUCACUAGUCUGUAAAACGAGUCAUUUUGCGAGUGUUAGUCAUAAUGAAGAGUAAUGCGGUUCUGAUCAUCAGCGCUUUAAUUAGCGUCAGCCAUGGUUUCGAAACAACUGACCCUUUUGCAAAAAAAGAUGGAAUUACGUGCGAGCCAAAAUCUACGGAAACCAUUACUCAGCCAAUUCCAGCUGAGAUUGCACAAUGUAUUUUUGAAGACUACGCCGAAUUAGGAGGGUUUCCCAAUGAAGCUCCGUGGAAAUCAUUUUUUCGACCUUUUCCGAAGCCAAUGAGUCCUAAAAUCAUUGAUGCAAAAAUAUACUUAUAUACGAGCAAAUAUCCCACUCAACAAUUUACCGUCAAGCUAUGGAAAGAUAUUUCAAUCGAAGGAUCAGAUUUCGAUCCAGAACGUCCUCACACCGCGUUCAUAACUCACGGAUUUUCCAGUGACGGAAGCGUGCCAUGGAUACAUGAAUUGAAGGAUGCUUAUCUUAAACAAAGAGAUGCUAACGUAUUUAUCGUGGACUGGGGUAAAGGAGCUAGUCACUGGAAUUACUUGCAAGUCGCCUCGAAUACUCGCGUUGUUGGAGCUGAAUUGAAAAGAUUUGUAAAAUAUCUCGUUGAAAUUUGGCAUCUGGAUCCAGCGCGAAUCCAUUUUAUGGGGCAUAGUUUAGGAGCUCAUAUAUCAGCAUAUGCCUCCAAAGGAAUCCCUGGAGUUGGACAGUUGACAGCAUUCGACCCAGCUCAACCAGGAUUCGAAGGAAGUCCUGCAGAAGUCCGACUAACCAAAAAUGAUGCGAAUUUCGUCGACGUAAUUCACACUAAUAUUAGACCAGCACCACUUUUGGGAUUCGGUUUAAUUUUACCAACUGGACACGUUGAUUAUUACAUGAACGGAGGAGCAUUGCAGCCAGGUUGCAUCGUACCAGCGUUUCAAGAAUUGAACAUCACAAGCAUCAAAGAUAUAUCCGAACUUCCUGACAACCCUGAUCAAAUUUUACCCAUGGUGUAUGCGCAUGCCAAACUCAUUUCAACGUGGAUAGCAUGUUCGCAUGGUAAAUCGUACGAAUACUACACCGAAGCAUUGCUCAAUGAUUAUUGUACGUUUUGGGGACGUUCAACAAGCUACUUCGGUACAGUUUUGGAGAAAAGGUCGUAACUACAUCAAAGUUGAUUUCUCAGAAAACGCAUUUUAAUUUUUAAAGAGCAUUCUAUCAAGUACACUUUAUAGUUUUAGAUGAGGUAAGAGAACAUUUGGUUAUCGCAAUCAUUUUCCUGCUAAUUUUCAAAAUAAACAUCCUGGUAGCACUGAUUUUUCAUUUUUUUAUUUGAGGAACUCUGAACUGAAAAAAGUAAAAUUUAACAAAGGAACUUUCACCUUAAGUCAAGCUUUUUUCAUCAAAAGCCCAUAAGAAAUACACAGGAACGAUAUCCUUAAGGUGAUGAGGUUGAUUUUCUGCAAUUAAUCAGUGAAAUUACGUGAAAUUAUGUGUUUAUAAUGACUUUUCUUACCAACAAAUUACAAAAAUCAAAAGAAAUAGGUUCAAUCUGAGAAACAAUAUCAUUUAGAACCUUUUCAUUGUAACGGUUUUGAAAACUUGUAUUUAAAACCAUUUGUUUUCGGCUAUUACGAGAACAAAAAACAUCGAAAUUCAAUUUCAAGUGUUGCAUCAUGUAGAGGACAAAAUUCUCUUUCCAAUGAUACCACUAUCUCAUUUUUUAUAAAAAUUGUAGUUACGACCUUUUCCUAAUAAAG